GCGGUGAUGCGGGUGGCCGAAGAUCUGCCUGCGUCUGGGGAUCGGAGAAAGAAAUAAAACACCCAAGGAUCACCAUGGUUGAAGGCAAUGAUUCUCCGACCCAGCCUCAGUGCAGAAUUGUCAUCAACAGCCUGCCCAGCACACAGGAAGUUUUUAAAGACCCCACCCUGUAACAUAUUCUCAGCCUGAAGGCAUUUGGGGAAUGUGUGGUGUCCACAAGUGAUGGAUAUUGAAAAGCUGGUGCACAUCGCUGAAACCCUGGAGAAGAUUGUGUUGAGAUGCUUUGGGCCAGAUGGUGGUCAGGUGCUGUUUGUCCGAGACACCGGAGAUAUCCACAUCACCAAGGAUGGAUGCAGAAUAUUGGAGUCGCUGCUCCUGGACCACCCGGCUGCCAGGUUGAUGGUACAGAGCGUGUCGGCUCACUGCAGACUGACGGGAGACGGAGCCAAGUCCUUCAUCCUGCUGCUGGCUGCCAUGCUGCGGGGAGUCGGAGCAGAGACCAGACGGCAGGGCCCUGCCAGGCGACACUGGCUGGUCAGGGGGUUGGCCCAGCUGGAGAGGGAGGUCCUGGAGCCGGUGCUGGGGAGGGAGCUGGCCCCACACUGUGCCCAGGCUCUCAGUCCCCGGGCUGGGCAGCUGCCAUCCGAGCAGGCAGCCCGGGUGCUGGGGGCCUACUUCAGGGGUAAAGUGGGCCUGACCCACGCCCCCCUGCUGUCACAGCUGGCCUGUGACUACAUCGAGCGACUGGGAGGGGGCCAGGUUGAGCGGGGCCUGGGGCUGGCGGCUGACUGUUUCCCAGGCCUGCAGGUGACGGUGCCCGGCCUUCCUGUGUCCAGCAGCCGGGUGCUGGAGGGCCUGCUGUUGAGCCGAAGCCCGGCUCUGCCCUGUGGCUGGGCCCAGGCCCAGGGUCCGACCCGGUUGCUGGCAGUGGGUAGCAGCCUACUCCCCGUGCUGACCCAGGCCGGAUCCACCCUGAGGCCGGAGGGGCCGGCAGGGCUGGCCCGGGCCCGGGACUGGGCUCAGGCCCAGGCGGAGGAGACGCUAGCCCGCAUGCAGGCUCUGGGGGUCGGACUGCUGUUGUCGGGGCCCAGGCAGCCAGACUACGUGUUGGAGCAGGCCCAGAGGCGAGGCCUAUCGGUAGUGCACUGCCUCCCAGACGAGGAGCUGGCCCUGCUCAGGAGGCUGACCGGAGCGGAGAUACACUACCGCCCAAUACAGGUCACCCUGCCGGACACCCUGCCAGCCAGCUUCGUCAGCACUGCUCCCAUCCUCCCCCGCACCCAGCUCCUGCUCGGUCUCCCCGGUCUCCGCGGCUGCCAGCCCCACUGCCUGCUGCUGUGUGCCCCCACCCUCGGCUUGGCACGGCAGCUCCAAGACGCUCUCCACGGGGCCUUCAAACUGCUCAGGCUCCUACUGCCUGAAACAGCAGGUCUCCAUGGAAGGAGCGAGAGACAGGGGAUUGGGGAACUGGGGAGAGAGGGGGAGAGACAGGGGAUUGGACUGGCCACUGAUGAACUGAGGAGGGAGGGGGAGAGACAGGGGACUCGGGAGCUCGGAAGAGAAAGACAAGGUACUGGGGACCAGGAGAUAGGGAGCAACAGACAGUGGACUGGGGAGCGUGAGAUAGGGAGUGGGAGACCAGGAACUGGGCAGUGGGUAAAUGAGAGACAGAUGACUGGGGACCUGAGGAGAGAAAGUAAGGGGAAGGAGACAGGCGAGCUGGGAGGUGUGAAACAAGGAACAGUAGAGCUGGUCAGAAACGAGGAUGAAACGAAGAGUACGCAGGCAACUGGUGAAGGGCAGCAUUACCAUGCAGGAGUCCAGGCAGCUGAGCUGAGGAGCUGUGAGCUGCCAGCUGGGAGUGUCCUACCUACAGGGGGUGCCUUUGAGUUCCUUGUACACCACUACCUCCAGCGUGUGUCUGGCAGCGUACAGCAGCUGAGCACCAGGGUGGCGUGCAGGAUUGUUUCAGAUGCCUUGCUGAAUAUCCCCAGGCAUCUUCAUCCCUGGGCGGAGCGGGGAGGGGACUACCUGCAGGCUCAAGCCGAUUUUGUAGCUAACCAUCAGGAACAAGGAGUACGGCCGGAGAUGGAGUGUCCCCUAGAGGUGGUGGCCGCUAAACACCGCCUGCUGGUUUCCGUUCUCCAGUGCCUGAGGAGCCUGCUCACCAUCGACUCCAUCAUCCCUGUCCGCGGCAAACUCCGGCACAAUCUACACAGAGACGGCGAGGACUCAGGGGGGGGGGGAGCCUGUCACUGUCAGCUGUUUAUCACCGGGGGGAGCCUGUCACUGUCAGCUGUUUAUCACCGGGGCAGUUUACAGAUCAAACGUCACUUUGUGGCCCUCCCCAGCCUAUUAAUAAGUUUCUUAAGAUGUUGGAGCCAAUUCCCCACUGCCUUCACAUUGAAAAUUACAGUGAGCUAUAGAGCCAUUGCCACCAUCCAGGAGCAGUAA